AUGCAUUCCACAUCAUCUAAUGGUUACUGUUCCGGCGAUGAAGAAGAUAUGAACGAUCUCAAUGUUGAAACUGAUGUAUUAUACCCACAAUAUGGUUAUGAAGAUGAUGGAAAAACAACUAAUGAUGCUCCUGACUUGCGGGUGUUUGAUUAUGGUGUUGCUGAAGUGAAAAGAAAAUUAUCUAGUGGUUCUGCCUUGUCAAGAACACAAAGUAAGCAAAGUCGACUCUAUGGUGAACCUACUCAGAAACCUAACCAUCUUUUACCUGAAACUGUACGAUAUUAUGUAUAUUCCUCUCAAGAAAAUGGAAUAACAAUGCCUAUUCAUCAUUUAUUAUCUACUGAUGGACGACAAGGAUUGGAAACGAUCAUAAAAACUACAGGAUGGUGGGUUGAUUGUCUUAGUCCGACAGAUGAAGAAAUGCAUGUACUUGCCAAGUUAUUCCGAAUUCAUCCUCUGACAGUGGAAGAUAUUCUUGCCAAAGAACCAUGUGAAAAGAUUGAAUUAUUCCCAAAUUACACUUUUGUCUCCUUUCGUAGUUUCGACACUGAUGAAGAAAAGAAUCAAAUCUGGCCAUAUAAUUUUUAUAACUUGAUCUUCAAGGAUGGUUUAUUGACAUUUCAUUUCAAUCCUUCUCCUCAUCCUGCUCGUGUACGUCAACGAUUGGAUCGAAUCAAACGUCAUAUGCUUAUUGUUCCCGACUGGAUUCAUUAUGCUCUGAUUGAUGAUAUCACCGAUUCUUUUGCCCCUAUUAUUACUCAAGUUGAAUUGGAAAGUGUGUCUAUUGAUGAAUUAUCCUUGGUGCUACAUAAAUCUGAACGCUCUGAUAUGUUGAAACGUAUCAGUCGCUGUCGAAAACGUGCAACUCAAAUGUCUCGUUUGUUGGCUGCCAAGGUGGAUGUAGUGAAAAGUCUGAUCAAACGUUACGAAGAAAAGUGGCAACGUGCUGGUGGAUAUAGUGCUUUGAUGAUGGAUGAAGAUUCUGUAUUCUCUCCUGAAGAAACUGCUACUCUUAAAACAUUGAAUGAAGUUUUACUUUAUCUUGGUGAUAUUCAAGAUCAUUUGGUGACAAUGUUGCAAAAUAUGAAUCAUUAUAACAGGAUGUUAUCAAGGGCUCAUACCAAUUAUCUUGCUCAAGUGAAUGUAGAUUUAUCAAUGACUUAUCGAACAACCAAUAUUGUGAUGAAUCGAUUGACUUUUAUGGGUGUGAUCUUUAUUCCAGUCACCUUUAUAUCUAGUCUUUGGGGGAUGAAUGUUUGGGUUCCUGGAAAGGAUUAUCCUGAUAAUGCUUUCUUUUUCUGGAUUAUAUGCAUGAUGGUUAUGUAUGUGUGUAUAUUAACCUACUUUGGCAUUAAAUGGAAAAUCCUAUAG